UGUUUUUUUUUUCUUUUUGAGAACGUGGGUUCUGAGAGUUUUGGGACCCACUUUGUUUGGUAAUCUUGAUCCUAUAUCUUCAAGCUUUGUAUUGUACGCUUCACUUGCUUGUUGCAUCUGUUGACAGGUGUCUGAUUUUUUAAAACUUUCAUGAAACAAUGCUAAUCUGAAAUUGCUGAAUAAUCAGUUUAGGCAAUUGCUGGUUUGCAUAGAAAUGGAGAUUGGUCUAUUCAUUAGGAGAACAUUGAUGGUGGCGUUAUUUUGUCUGUGGGUGCCCAUGAAAGUCAUGGUUAGGACUGGAAAUGCUGGUGUUUCUUCCUUAAAGCCGAAUGUAGUAAAUAUUGGAGCACUGUACACCUUCAAUUCUGUUAUUGGACGAUCAGCAAAGCCAGCAAUUGAAUCUGCGGUUGAUGAUGUCAAUUCCGAUUCAACUGUUCUUGUUGGGAUGAACACACACAAAGAGAAGCUCAUUCAUUUAUUUAGUUUUGGCAUCUGAGCUUUGCGAGAAGUUUGACGCCAACAAAAACGUGGGUUGAAGAGUAUAUUUUGUGUGGAUUGAAGAGUACAUAUAUUUUGUGUAGUAAAAAUCUUAUGAAAUGUGUAAUUAAUUUGGUUCAUAGAUGAGUUGAAUACUUUUAUGAACUUUUCCCUAACUUUGUAUAAUGUUUUAUGAUGGGUUGAUUACAAUAUAUUGGAUGUAUACAAAUUCUGAUUAGCUUGAUGCAUGGUGAUAUGUGAAUUUGAGCCAUUUGUGUUCGUAGUUCAAUUUUCAAGCCACCUUCUUUAGUUAAAUUCUCUGGCUUAUGCUAUAUUUCACAGAAAAAAAAAGGUGGCGUUUUUUAAAAAACGCCACUAAAUGACGUCAUCAUGACGCCACACGUUAGUUUGUGGCGGAUGUCAAAGAUUUAGCGGCGUUUUCAAAAACGACGUCUUAUAUUUUUAGCAACGUUUUUCAAACGUUGUAAAGCUAUUGCGGCGGCGUAUUAGCGGCGAAAAUUUUAAAUGCCGCUUUAACUUUUUCCGCGUUUUCAGGCUUUUAGCGACGU